GCCCGCUCGCGCUGGAGGCGCUCAGAAGCAGCAGAACCGCACGCGGGAGUGACGGCGGGAGCGCGCGCCGCUUUAACACGCACCCGCUGCUGCUCCGCUCCGCGCGCGCGCUGGUUUUAUUUUCAUUUCCGGAGCGCGUGCUGUCUGUCCGCCGCUUUACUGCCUUUGCUUUGCACUUUAUUAUUAUUAUUAUUAUUAUUAUUAUUAUUAUUAUUAUUAUUAUUAUCCUGUAGAACUCGGUCCCGGGGGAUUAAAGCGCGCUCGUGCACAGCGAUGGAGAAAAUGUCGCGGCCCGUUAACUCCGCUUUCCUGCCUCCGACCCACGGAGUGCUCAAAUCCCUCCUGGAGAACCCCAUGAAGCUGCCCUUCCACCACGACGAGGGUUUUGGUAAAGAGAAGGAGAAAGAGAAGAAGUUGGAGGAAGAUGGUGCUGGAGCGAAUGCACCUCAGUCUGCGUUUCUGGGCCCGACGCUUUGGGACAAAACGCUGCCAUAUGAUGGAGACAACUUCCAGCUGGAGUACAUGGACCUGGAGGAGUUCCUGUCUGAAAACGGCAUUCCUGCCAACCCGCAGAGCGAGCAGAGCCAGAUUACCCAGCAGCCCCUGCAGCAGAGCCCGACCCUGUCUUCACCGCCAUCUGUGGUUGACCUGAGCAACCGGGCCAGCACCUCAGUACACGCUGACAUGGUGACACAGGGCUGCCUACAGAGCCCCAGCCGAUCAGGCUUGCCGUCGAGCCGGAACACCCCGAGUCCGAUCGACCCCGAGUCCAUCCAGGUGCCGAUGAGUUACGAGCCCGACCCGGCCGAUCUGGCUCUGUCCAGCGUUCCGGGUCAGGAGAUGUUCGACCCACGCAAGCGCAAGUUCACCGUGGAGGAGCUCAAACCUCAACCCAUGAUCAAGAAAGCACGCAAAGUCUUUAUCCCCGAAGACAUGAAGGAUGAUAAGUACUGGGCACGGCGUCGGAAGAACAACGUAGCAGCGAAGCGUUCCCGGGACGCGCGGCGCCUCAAAGAGAACCAGAUCGCCAUCCGAGCCGCGUUCCUGGAGAAAGAGAACGCGGCGCUCAGGCAGGAAGUCGCCGAGCUGCGCAAAGAACUGGGACGCUGCCGGAACAUUCUGGCCAAAUACGAGGCACGGCACGGCACCCUGUGAACCCACCCCUGACCUCUGACCCCUCCCCCAUGGCCACCCCCCACCACCUGAUCCAAGGACUUCUGUGUGCCACGAUUAGUGCACUCGCCUCCACCUCUCUCUGUGUUUUAGCCGUGUGUGACGAGCAUUAGCGCUCAUUAGUGCUCGCUCUGUGUCACAUUUAUUCUUUCUUUCUGCACUUCCGAUUUUCAUUGGAAAGUGAUACUGUAUUCUUGCGUCUCUCUCUCUGUGACAUUUCUGUCUGGUUUUGUUCUGUUCUUUCGCUUCUCACUGCGCUAACACACACCAGCGUCUAUUUAUUUUCCUGUUUAAUUUCAUGCAUCGUCCACUCAGAGAGCAAUAACUCCAACACACAUUUCGGGAAACGAACCAAGAAAGCAGUGCUAGCCGACUCGUUCUGUCUCUCUGUCAUCUGGUUCAUAGCAUAUUGUGUGUGCGUACGUGUGUGUGUGUGUGUGAGAGUAAAAUAGAUUUAUAGCCCACGCAUUCGCACAAGCUAGCAACAGAGCAAAUUUCCUGUGGAAGUUCGCGAGUUGCGAUUACGACGACAAUCAAUAAAAUUAAACUUAUUUUUAAUCAUGUAAUAAAAAUCAGCACCUCUGUAAUCUCACUUCGUGUCUGUGUUCGGUUGCUACGGCGCUUAUUUUAACACUGUAUGUUGAGCGUUGAGCUGUUUAUUUACAAACCGCGUAGCCAAUCAUUAGCCAGGCGAGCUAAAAAUCUUUAUCGAAACGUUCUAGAAAUAAUCUUGCAGCUAUUCCAUGGCUAGCCAGCUGGCUAUAUAUAUAUAUAUUUAUUUAUACGGUGCUGUUAGCUUGCUAGCUAUUUACAUUUUCAUCGUACUAGCCACUUCAGCUGGUUACUUCGCUAGUCCACAUCCAACAAAAACCGUAGGUUCAUUUUCGAAAGUAUUUUAGCAAACAACGUCGUGGUUAUGCUAGCUUUGGUAAACACUUCUCGAAGAUAUUAUAAAAAUGAGAAGCAGUCAGUCUUUUCCAGAGCUGAUAAAGCGCAAACCGAGCUAGCUUUAGUGUUGCUAAGUAAAAGCAGUGGAAUCUAUGCUUCAUGUUUACUCUCAGAGCACAUCGCUAAUCUGCUAAUGAACGCAUGUGAACUCAUGCGAACACACUUCCUCUCUCUCUCUGCUAACAACCUGCACUAAACUGCGUCUUUCACAAUCCGAUCUGGGUGCGAGUCUACCUUCUGUAACAGAAAUCUGAUCGAUUUAUAAACUCGUUUGGUUUUUAUUUCGACUCUGAGAACUACUUUGCAGCAAUUGCUUAUUAUUAUUAUUAUUAUUAUUAUGAUAUUGCUGUUAUUUUUUUGUGGAAUUUUCCUGAUCUGCUUUUAUUUCCAUGCAUGAUCCUGGAGUUACCGUAUUCUCUGGACUAUAAAGCACCACGUUUAGCGACGUGCACGUUAUGUUUCUGCAUUAGCGUGACAGGGAUUGGAAUUAAAGUGUCAGUGAGCAGCCAUGAACGAAUUCUGAAAUUGAAUAAAAUUGUAUAACCUUUCCGUUUGUAUAUGGAGUGUUGGCUUGUUAGCAUUACAAAGACGGACGGAUUCCCGCAGAUAAUACCGACGCUAUCGAGGCAGUAAUUAGCAAACAAAUUCAAACACCGUGACCGAUGUUGGAGAGAUUUAUAGUCUGGAAAAUACAGUAACUUCACACCCCUCCCCCACCCCACUUUAUUCUUUUAUUGCCUCUCUCGGCUUUCUGUAAGGUGUUUGGUUUCCUGUACAGACGUGUCUAGUUUUCUCUCGUAGCUUUACCUCGGCCCUGUCGAUCUCUCUCUCUCUCUCUCUCUCUCUCAGACGGCUGUGCUGAAUGUACCGAAUGUAUGGUGUGUUUUUCUGUUUAUUUCUGUUUUUUUUUCCUUCGUUAAAGAGAUGGCUGGAUGAUGUUGUCUGUGAUUAGCAUGGCUAACGCAAUCAGUUUGUUUACUACAGACCAAAACGUGUGGCACAUACACUCACUCACACACACACACACACUAAUAACAGAGCUAUAUUAGUUAAAACAGAGAUGUUAAUGUUUAUACGGAAUAUUCUAGAGUUCUAUGUUUGUCUUUUUGUACAGUAUUUUUCUUAUACCAGAUACAAGGCACAACAGGUUCAGAGUAGGACUUAAUUAACCUAGAUAGGGCUUCAACAGAAUCUAUUUACAGAACUUUAUAUAUAAAAUAAAUAUAUAAGUAUACUAUAUAUAUUUAUAUACACACACACACACACUCCCUGGCCACUUUAAUAGGAACGUGUUGCUGGUUCUAAGAUCCCUGUUCUUGGCUGCAGGAGUGGAACCCAGUGUGUUCUUCUCUCUCUGUUGCAUGCUGAGAUGCUUUUCUGCUCACCACGGUUGUAAAGAGUGAUUAUAUGAGUUACUAUAUCCUUCCUGGCCAUGUUCCUCCGACCCUCUCUUAUCAACAAGGCGUUUGUUUACUUUCCACCCACAGAACUGUCGCUCGCUCGCUCACUCACUCGAUGUUUUUUGUUUUCCACACCAUUCUUUGUGUGUAAACUCUACAGACUGUUGUGUGUGAAAACCCCAGGAGGAGAUCAGCAGGUUCUGAAGUACUCAAACCGAAAAUACUCAUCCGGCUCAAACCAACACCCGUACCGCAGUGAAAGAAAGAAAGAAAGAAAGUCACACUUCACUGUGAGGUCACAAUUUUUCCCGUUCUGAUGUUUGAACAUUACCUGAAGCUCUGAUUUCUGUCUGUGCGAUUUGAUGCAUCGAGGGAUCGGCUGAUCAGAGACCUGCAGAAAACAGAACAGCAGGUGGAUGUAUGUAUGGAUGGGUGUGCCUAAUAAAGUGGCCAGUGAGUGAGUGAGCGUGUAUAUAAAUUCUGUGUGUGUCUAUUACUCAGAGUUGAUAGCGUUUUGUGAGCGAAUCAGGGGUCGUUAUAAAACUUCUCAAAGCGCAAAGUCAGAUUUUGCCUUUCUUUUUUUGUAAAAUUGUAAAGUGUGAAAAAAUGUGAUAUAUAUAUAUAAAUAAAAGAAAAUGAUUAAUUAUUAUGAA